CGUGGCCUCUGAGACUUGGUGCCCUUCGCCUGCCUGGCUGACACAGGAUCCUGCCGCAGAGUGUGCCCCGCCUGGGGUUCCCAGCUCAGCCAUGCUGGCCUGUCUGCAGAGGACUCAGAACCCACCCGGCCAACACCUGGCCUGUCCAAGCAAGAGCCUGGAUCUGCGCAAAUGCGAGUCAGUGGCCAGCUCUAUGCAUUCCGCCCGCUACCCAAGCCCAGCCGAGUUGGAUGCCUAUGCAGAGAAGGUGGCCAACAGCCCACUGUCCAUCAAAAUCUUCCCCACCAACAUCCGAGUGCCGCAGCACAAGCACCUGAACCGCACGGUCAACGGCUAUGACACCAGCGGCCAGCGCUACAGCCCCUACCCCCAGCACACCACCGGCUACCAGGGCCUGCUGGCCAUCGUCAAGGCUGCUGUCUCCUCCUCUAGUUCGGCUCUGCCUGCUGGGCACACCAAGAGUGUGCUUAAGAGUGUGGAGGGCAAGCGGACCAAACUGUCACCGGCCACCGUGCAGGUGGGCAUCGCACCCUACCCGGUGCCCAGCACCCUGGGGCCUUUGGCUUACCCGAAGCCACCCGAGGCACCCGCCCCACCACCCAGCCUGCCUGCGGCAGCCACUGCCACCUCUGUGAUCCCUCUGCCGGGCCGGGGCCUGCCCUUGCCACCCUCCAACCUGCCCUCUAUCCAUAGCCUCCUCUGCCAGCUCAACCAGCAAUGCCAGGCCCCGGGUGCUGCACCAAGCGCCUGUCAGGGCGUGGCUGUGCCCCACCCCAGUCCAGCCAAGCAUGGCCCAGUGCCCAGCUUUCCUAGCAUGGCUUACUCGGCCACAGCCGGUCUGCCGGACUGCCGGAAAGGCACAGAACUGAGCCAGGGAGCCACAUCAGCCCUGACACUGGCUGGGACCACCAAGCCUGCAGGGUAUGCAGAAGGUGGCCUGGAUUACCUGCUGUGGCCCCAGAAGCCACCCCCACCCCAGCCACUUCGAGCCUACGGUAGCAGCUCUGUAACCAGCAAGUCCCCUGAGACUUGUGGCGGGCGGGCGUUCGAGAGGGCCAACGGGUCGCCCCACAACUGUGGCGUGGGACUGCCCACCGGCUUCACCAUGGGUCAGUACUUCGCUGCCCCCUGGAACAGUGUUCUGGUGACACCAACUAGCGACUGCUACAACCCAGCGGCAGCUGCAGUAGUGACAGAGCUGGGGCCAGGAGCUGCCAGGGAGCUAGCCGGGCCUCCCGCCGACACACUCUCGGGCCUGGCCAGCAAGAGUGUGUGCAAUACAGCGGUGCUGAGCAGCAGCCUCCAGUCGCUGGAGUAUCUCAUCAAUGACAUCCGGCCACCCUGUAUCAAAGAGCAGAUGCUGGGCAAGGGAUAUGAGACGGUGGCCGUGCCCCGGCUGCUGGACCACCAGCACGCCCACAUCCGCCUACCUGUCUACAGAUAAGGUCUGCCCUGCGGGCACGUGGACUGAUGGACAGAUGGACAGGGUGCUGGGGGUUGGCAGGCCACAGCACAGCGCAGGAAGCCAGCAGGGCAUCCCACCUUGCCCUGUGGCCAUGUGUCCACAGGGAAGCCAGGCUGGUUACCCUCCACGCUUCGGUAGGCAGGCAGGUUGACCUCACAUACCAGGGCUUCUCCCCCAACUUGCUGCCCCAGGAAGCAGGGAGGGUCCAGGGCUGCCUGCAAGGCCCAUCCUUCCUCCACUGAGGCAGGGAAAGAGGACCUUCUGCAGACAGAAAGUUCCUUCUGGGGCUCCAGCAGAGGCGCUCAGACCAGGGGUGUUCCAGUCAGCACGAGUCACACACUGGGUCUCUACCCACAAUUCCCUAGUCUCUCACAAAAGGAGCAGAAGGGAUCCAUAGGAAGUCCCUGGAUCCAAAGUGCCCCACCCCCCCACCAUCUAAUCCAGGUAAAGACUACUCUGACUCCAGACUCCUAGAGGCCUCAGGACUACCAGCCCCCUGUUCUUCCUGACUCUCCCCUCCUCAUCCUUCCUAAUAGGAAUCACAUCCCACCCUACUCUCUACACCCUGGACCAGCCUCUUCUCUGUUCCCUCCAAUACACCUUAUAGGGCUGCUGGGAACAGCUGGUGCACUGCACAAGGGCACGUUGCCCAGGGAGACUCCCCUUGCAUCCUAGACUUGUAUAUUUAUUACAGUUGUCUGCAUUUCGAGGAAGGGACACCAUUUUCCUAUUCGCACAAAGAUGUCACAGGGGCUAGCAAGGGGCCUGUAAAUUCGGACUCUGUUCACACAGAGGAUCUUCUCUUCUUCCAGUGUGGGGUCUCCUGGGAACUAGUGAGAGGGUGACCUACUGGCUAGAACUGGAAUACCCAAUCCAGCUCCUAUUCUGCACCCCCCAACCCCCAGGCCUGGCCUGCACUGCUGUGGGGGGUGGGUGGGUGGGGGGUUGGUAGAUAAACCCAAGAAGUCAAGGCCUGCAGUCCCUGGCCCCAGCCCGGCCCCCAGGCGCUCGCUCUGGAAGCGGUACCAUAUCUCUCCAAGGCCUGUCCAAGCACUAAGUGCAUUUACAAAUCUCUGAGAAUGUUUUUUUUAUACUAAAAUUGACCAUUAUAUUCUACUGUGAGAAGUGCAGCCUGCACUAUAUUGUUUUAAAAACGAAGAGA